AUGAUUAAUAUUGGAUAUUUAUUUUUAUUUUUAUCUUUUUUGUUAUUGGAAAAGACAUUUUAUGGUAACGAUACCUUUAUAGGAUUUGAAGAUUUUUAUGUUAGAAGAAAAAAUAAAAUAUGGAGUUGUAAUUUAAAUCGUGAAAAAAGCUAUUUUCAUAACAAAACUAUAAAUACUUCAUACAAAAAUAGAGUUUUAAAAGAAAGCAUAUUAUUAAAUUUAGAUUUAGAUGUAAAGAAAUAUAAGGAUGAUAUCAUAACCAAAAAGAAAACACCUGAAAAUAUUUAUAAAGAUAAAAAUGAAAAUAAUUAUGAAAUGAAAUAUGAUGAAGGUAUUUCUAAUAUUAUAGAGGAAGAAAAAAAAGAUGAAAAAGAAGUGACUGAAAAUCAAGAAAAAGACGAGAAAAAAGAAAAAGAAUACAACAGUGAUAUAAAUAAACCAGUUAGUUUAUCACAUCUUAAACAAUAUAAAAAUAUUUAUGUUAAUAAUAAUAAAAAAAUAAAUAAACAAAAAAGUAUAAAAAAACAUUUACAUCCAUAUAAUUUCGAAAAUAAAAGUAAUAAGUAUCUUACCUUUUUACUGUUAGAUAUUAGGAAGGAAUCUUCUACCUUUAUGGUACCUAUGAAAUUUUAUAUAAGUCAAGCAAUAUCAAAUAUAUCAGAUGAGGAAUAUAAUAAAUUAAUGGAAGAUAAUAGUGUAGAUGUAUAUUUAAAUAAUGCCUUAGUUGAAUACAAAUAUGAAAAUUUCGAAAUAAAAGAAGGAGAAGCAGAAGUAGAAGGAGAAGUAGAAGGUGUAGAAGGAAAAGAAAAUAACAUGAAUGAGGAAGAAAAAUAUAAUAAUGAUAAUGAUGAAAAAUAUAAUAAAGAAAAUAAAGAUAAGGAAAAUGAAAUAAAUUCAAACGGACACCAUGAAAACAAUGAACAUCAAGAAAAUGAUAGCGGUGAUAGUGUAAUUAUGAAAUAUACAAUUAUUAUUUCAGGAAUAGUUCUCUUAUUUGCUAUCAGUUUUAUUAUUUAUUAUUUUGAUAUUAUACAAAAGAUAAAAAGGAAGUUAAAUAAACAAAGAAAAUCUAAUGCAACCAUGGCAAUAGGUAGAGACAAAAUUCAAGAGGAAUUUAUGUGA